AUGUUCGAGCCCACUUGCGAGGUGCAGGCAGCGAGCAGCAGCGGCCAGGAGCGGCCGUCGGCGGCCGUGGUCGGCGCGGGCGAGGACAAGGUCGAGGGCGACGUCGUGGGGCCGCUCGGCAAGGCGCUGGCGCGACUGGCGCCGCAACGCGAAGACAUGGCGAGGGCAGCCCACCGCGACGACAACUUCGUGAUGAAACUCGAGCCGAUGAGCAAGCUGGAGACCGCGCUGGACCAGGCGUUUACGCACUGCGAGGACGAGGGCCGCAAAGCCAAAGAGAAGUCCAAGGAGGAAGGGGCUGUCUACAUGGGCAACCCGCCGGGGAAGCGCCCAGACGCCCUGGCGAAGGCGGUGAUCUUCCGCAUUGCGGAGCCGGUGGGGGGACAAGAAAGAGCAGGUGAUGGCGGCGGCCGAGCGGGGCUCGGGCCCGGCAUGGGCCAUGGAAGCGCUGGUGGCGCUGAUCAGCAUGGGCAGGAAGGUACAGGGCCCUGCGGCCAAGUUCGCGGUCGCGCGUUGCUGCAGCGCGAAGACAGGGCAGCCGAAGGGCGACGAGGACGUGCAUGA